AUGUCAGAGUACUGGAAGUCGACGCCAUCAUACUGGUGCAAGUUCUGCAGCCAGUAUGUGCGCGACUCGCCUCUAGAGCGGAAGAACCACGAUGCGAGCGGGAGGCACCAGAACAACAUUUCCCGGAGUCUGCGUGAAUUGCAUAAAAACAAAGAGCGGGAAACGCGUGAUCAGCAGCGUGCUAAGGACGAAGUCGCCAGACUUAAUGGACUGUUCAGCGAUAAGCCAGGCGGUGCACGAGAUGCAGCCAAGCCGGUGGGAAGCACGUCGCGGGCGACUCCAGCGCCUACAAAUGUAAACUCGGCAGAGCAGAGGAAGGCACACGCAGAGCAACUGGCGGCGAUGGGCGUCGCUUUACCCGAGGAGUUGCAAAAGCAGGUCACUGGUGUGGGCAAUUAYCACGUUGUCUCGGAGCGUCGAGUGGAACCAUCCGAAGCUGGCGUUGUGAGUGGCAGUCGCUCCCUCGCAGAGAUUCUCGCAGAGGCAAAAGGAGAGCCAUCUGAAGUAGAAGAGGAGCAGGAUGCAGAAGAGGGAAGCAAGACUGCGCCCAAGCGAAAGCUUGAGCACGACGAGAACGAGGACGAGGAAGGUGAGCCUAAGCGCAAGGCAUGGGGAAGCAACUUCAAGACAUAUCCUGCAGUUAAAGAUGCCGCUGAUGAUGACUUCGACCUCGACGCGCUUUUAAGUGGCGUAGUGAGGAAGAAGGAGCCGGCUGUAAAGGCCGAAGGUGAUGAUAGUGUUGUCAAGCAAGAAGAUGAUGCAUCCUCGCCAAAACCUCUGAGCUCCGUGCCAGAUGUAGGCCAGUCGGAACCUAGUCAUACCAAACCAGAAUCUGCCUCGGAAGCUGCCCCAGCUGUCGUCUUCAAGAAGCGGAAAGGCAAGAAAUGA